AUGGGAGUUUGUUACUCCACUAUUGCUGUUGUGACGAUCCAUGUUGUGGUCCAAUCUGCGAUUGCUGUUGUGAUAGAAGUAGAAUAUAUCCUUGGGGUCCAAGAGGUGAGUCUGAAUAUCUCACCUGAAAUCUCAUUCAUCUCAUCUCGACCUCGCUUGGAUGAGGAUAAGGAUAAGGAGUGGUUCCCCUCACAAGACAAAAAGGUCCUUGAGACUUCCCUUCUCGCCUCUUCAGGUCAAGGAAACGAAAAAAGAACUCACCUGAUAGUCCUUCCACCUCCCGUACUUUAUCGUACGCCGAUCGGUCCAGCACCAGGUCCUAUAAUCGUUCAACCGGCACCCAUCCAACCGCCACUCAUUCCAUACCCAUCUGCCGUCUCUCAGACUUUCGUUCAGCCCAUUCAGGUUCCUACCUACCCCCCUCAACCUCAAGGGUACGCCUCGCCAUCUCAAAUACCCCGAUAUCCCUCUCACUCUCAACAAGGAAGCUACAUUGGUCCUCAGGCGGAACGUCCUGCUCCAAGACAUAGUUGGAGAACCGAUCGAAGAUACUCAAACGAACAGUAUCCCCACCAUCAUCGAGAUAGGAGAUACUCAUUGGAAGAGAAAGUGAUAGCUGGCCAUUCACCAAGGGUAGAUUCUAGAAGAGCGUUGACUCCUGAACCUCAAAACCACUAUAGACCUAGAUAUCAUAGAUCUGUGAGUACCUCUCGUCGUAUGCCUGAACAUCAAUAUCACAACCAUCAAGCUGUAUUUGAAGAAGAAGGUACAAGCAGCUCUUCAGCCGAAGAACAGAGGAGAAGAUACGUCAGACCGAGUCACAGACGAGCAGCUAGUACUUCAGCUCAACGACAACAACAUUAUCUCUCCGAUCCCACUCAAGAAAGAAAACCUGAUCCACCUAGAAGAUCGUUCGAUCAUUCUUCGAGAGAUCAUCUUGAUAUCGAUCACCUUCAUCCGCAUAGUCACCACCUGAGGUAG